AUGGAGGCUUCGAUGACUAAAGGGUCCGAAUGNCUGAAAGGUGGCUUCGACUUCGCCGGAAAGAUACUUUCCGUACAGAAAAAUUUUCAGAUGGACGCAUUCGAGAAUUGGCCCGCUCGGGAUUUUGCCCUCUCUGUCGCUUGGGUGGGCCAGGCAGCUCGUCCGCCUGGAGCAUCUCCUCUUGAUGGUUCGCCAGUAGGUUGGGAGUUUCAGCUUGACGUUUGGGAUGGCUGUCCGCAAGAUCCGUUGAGUAAAAGGGGAUUGCCGAGUCACUUCGACAAUCCUGUCGAUUUCUGGAGCCGUGCUAAUAGCCCGAUGAAGAAGCGUGUUCAUACCGCUGAUCUGCGUCUUGAUUUCUUUGAUUUCGAGGAUCUUGAAAUCUUCCAUGGAGAUGACUUGCGGAUUUUGGACCGCUGUCGUGGUGCGAACAGGGGGUUCCCGUUGUGUGCGCGGAGUCGCUGCUCCGUGGCGCGUGCAUCUUCCUCGCCUGGUUGUUCAUCGGAGAGCUCUGUGUCGCGGUUGGUUGUCUCUUCGCGAGUUCGCCCUGCUUCCUGGCUGGUCUCCCCUUCAGAUCUGGCCGCAACUGGGAGUUCGGAGGAGACAUCAGUCAGGUGCGAUGCCCGUGACAUCGGGUGUGUUGGAGGAGGUACGAGAGCGUUUGAUAUUCUAUCUUUAGCCACGGAGGGAAUGGUUAGAGCUUUUAGAUAUUUUGAGGAGAAAGGAGAAACAUCCACCGACAGAGAGAGAGAGAGAGAGAGAGAGAGAGAGAGAGAGAGAGGAACAACGAUGAUCUCUUGCAGCUCGGGCAAACGAAAGAAGAUGAUUCAUGGGUGUGAGAAUCAAGACCCUGAACAAAACCCUAAUCGUGAUGCUUGUUCUCCAAGUUUGUGCCAUAUAGAGUCCAAGAGGCGUGGACAAAUGGUAAUUUCCAACACGGUAAGAAGAAGAAAGGCCCCUGUCAGAAGAAGAAAGGCCCCGGUUAGAGAAAGAGAGGCGGUGUUUCAAGAGAGAGGUAGGACGCCGGAAUGGCUGGUUAACGUAAUGAGAGAAAAGAAUGGUACGGACGAGAAGAUGAUAAUGAGGGAGAAGGUUCUUAAAGAGAGUGAUGUCAACAAACACGAGGCACGUCUCUUGAUUCCCUGGAACGACAUAGUGGAUAUGGACUUUAUGAACGAGGAGGAGUUGGAAAUCGUAGACAAACAUCACAGAAAAGAGACUAAAAAAGAAUUAGAUUUUACCUUGGUGGGUUUGAAUUGUCAAACAUGGGAUCUUAACCUUAGGAGAUGGGAUAUGAGUUCCACUUCCAGCUACGUCUUGGUUUCAGGGUGGAGAAAGGUCGUCUUCAGUCCCGUUAAAAGGCUGAGGAGAGGCCAGAGGUUUCAGAUUUGGUCCUUCCGAUCCGCUCCCCAGGCAAGCUUAUAUUGCUCUCGUUCCUCCGGAACCAGCUCCAGCUCUGGCUAUGGCUCUUGGUCCGGCUCCAGAUCGUGCUCCAUCUUCAACUCCGGCUCCGUUAAAGAUUGCGAGGGACUAAAUUUAUUGGCUGAGGUAUGCGAGGAUACGACUUGUCAUGAGGCUGUACAAGUGGCAAAUGAGGGGAGCUCACUGGUCUCCGUCACAGAGCUGGAUCUCGAGAUCCGGCUGUAAACUAAAGAUCCCGUCAAAUACUAAUUUCUCUCCGUUUUUUUGGUUUGGUUUUGGUUGUGGACUCUU